GCUGCUCAGCCAUGGCCCCCAAGAAAGCCAAGAAGAGGACAGCAGAGGGAGCCAACUCCAAUGUGUUCUCCAUGUUUGAGCAGGCCCAGAUCCAGGAAUUCAAAGAGGCCUUCACUAUCAUGGACCAGAACAGAGACGGCUUCAUCGACAAGAACGACCUGAGAGACACUUUUGCUGCUCUAGGACGUCUCAAUGUGAAACAGGAAGAGAUCGAUGAGAUGCUCAAGGAGGCCCCUGGCCCAAUCAACUUCACCGUCUUCCUCACCAUGUUCGGUGAGAAGCUGAAAGGUGCUGAUCCAGAGGAGACCAUCCUCAACGCUUUUAAAGUCUUUGACCCUGAGGGGAAAGGUGUGCUGAGGAAGGAUUAUGUGACACAGAUGCUAACAACACAAGCCGACCGAUUCUCUCCUGAAGAGAUGGAGCAGAUGUUCACUGCCUUCCCUCCAGAUGUGGCAGGAAACCUGGACUACAAGAACCUGGUUCACAUCAUUACCCACGGAGAGGAGAAGGACCAGGAGUAAACCCUUUCCCCAACGUAUUCAUGAAAUAGAAAGUCUGUCUCUUGUCCGUACAUGACUUGAAACUGACCCACUGCCCUUGAAGGAGAUAUGAACUGUUGUUUAUUCACUCAACUCUUAUGUUGGCUGCAUUGCUUCUGUACAAGAGGAUCAAAAUAAGAGGAUGUUCUCCCACAGGCCCCCAAAAAUGGACAACUGACAGCAUCAACAUAUUGAGCUCUCUUUCUCCCUUUCUGCCUUAUCCACAGUAUGUUCCCACAUUCACCUGAGACUAAUUAAAUUAUUUUCCUUAUCAUUUUGU